AAUACUUUUGAUACUUAUUUGGACUUUAUUUACAGGAUUGUGCAUGGUCUUUAAGCAAGAUCCUUUCGUUAAAAAGAUGAUGAGAGAUGGUGUUAGUAUUGAAGUUGGGGAUGGUAGACAAGCCUGCCUUUUUUAUGAUUGUUGGCUAUCAGGAGAUGGAAUUCGUCAUAGGCUAUAAAAUAUGGCUGAGAUCACCAACUGUGGGCAUGAAACAAAAGUUCCGGGUGGGGACCAUCUGGAUGGCAGAUGCCAACUAGUUUUGGAAGGAGAUAUUCUGGUAUGGUGGCUGAGAUUAAAAGAUUGACUUUGUCUGAGGGAGCAGAUAAAGUUUUGUGUUGUGGCAGUCGGGGCUCCUCAAUCAAUAAAAGCUACCAAUUGUCAAUUGAUGACAUUCCAGCCAGGUUCAUAGAGCUCCUUGGUUUAGAUUGGUGUGGCAUUUUAGUGGAAUUUUGAGGCACCCGUUUAUAAUUUUAUAGAUGCUAGUGAAAGGUCUGUUGAAGACAAAGGAUAGGUACUGAAUUGCAGAGGUAUGAGUUUGAGUUUAAAUUGCUUCUUGUGUGAUUCUGCUGAGGUUAUCAUACAAAUAUCACUUUUUGAAUGCCCUUCUAAUCCAUGAUAAAUCUCUAACUUCAAAAUCACUCUUCUUGUAAGUCGUCAAUAAUAGUAAUCAUGUGUG